GAGUGAGCGAGCGGGCGAGCGAGAGUGAACCCCAGGAAGAAAAAUACGUGGUCGAAUAUUUUUAUAUAUAUGUUCAGCUUUAAUCCGCGAUUUGCUGGCCUAAUCCUGGCUCGGUAUUGGAUCCCGGCCCGCAAGGGAUUCCGAAGAACUUGCGACUCACAAAGGGUUCAUCUUUCUCUUCAAACUUGAGAGCCAAACUUUUCUUAGAAUGUAGGGUCAUUGCUGUCGCGUCCUGGAGGAGCAAUCACAAUGGACGGUGGCGUGGAUGUUAAGAAAGAUGCAAGUGAGGGGUGCGGGAUCCUCUCGGAAUCUGUAGUGCCUCUCCCCACGGAUUUGGAAAAUGAGAUUGAGGCUCCUGUUGAUUCUGGAGAAAAUGCUUCCGUUAUCCAACAACUGCCCACCUCUCCUGGUGACAACCAGGUUCUCCCGGAGCUUCCGAAUCUGGAUUCAGGGCCCUGCUACCCCAAAGCAGAAGAGAUCAGGAUUGGCCUGGAUGGGGAGGGUGAGUCCAAAAGAUGCUCGGAACCACAAGAUACCACUUCUUUGGCUCCUGAGAUCUCCAGGAAUGGUAUGGAGGAGGGAGCCAAAACUUCAGCUCAGAACGAGAACACAUGCUGGACACCCAAACCAGACCAGGUCUCCUCAGAGGUAGAGAGUAACCUCAAGAUCGCUCUUGACCAGGGUGAAAUUCUGAAGGAACUAGAGGAGAAGGAUGUGGAAGAGGAGAUUCCAGAGGCUGACCAGGCCGAGUUCUUAAAGCUUUUUGCCCGACUGCAGAGACUUAACCCUGGCUUCCAUGACAAGUUGCCCACUCCUGAAGAUGACCUCUUGGCUGCCUCUGACGGCGAGGAAAGCCACGGGUUAGGAGAUGGAGACAGGCGGCCCCUCCUUGAGCAUCCUGAGGACCUCCAGGGACCUCCGGACAAACGUGCCCCUUCUCUACUCCAUGUAGCCACAGGGCAGGGCCUUCGGGCAGCCGCUCAGCACCUCCUGAGAUCUGUCCAGGGACAGAGAAGUGGAGAAUUGCUUUCCCCAGAAGCUCACCAGGAGAACCUGCUCAGUCUCCUCCAUUACGAAGGGGGAAUUUCCAUGGAGGAGGAGGAAGAUGACCAGAUAACCCUGGCCCACUCAGAUGUGAUGAUCAGGACUGGAUGUCAGAAAAUGGAAGUUGAAGAAAGGGCUGUAACCCCAGAGAAAGUCCCUUCUGAACCUGCCUGUGAUGAUCUGGAAGAGAGAAGAAGGAAAGGACGACGUAGGCCCAGAUCGAGGCUCCUAAAAGAAUCCACUAGCUUGGAAGCAGCUGCCUCUUCUGACUCCAACUUGGAGGCCCGCAGCUGGGAAGGCUCCCCAGAUCCAGUGGGGGGACCUGUCCUGAAUCGCAUGGAGGAUUCCUCUCCCAUCUCUGAUCCAGUGAAUAAAGGCAACGUGUCAUCUUUCCCACCUUAUAAAGAUGUCCCAGGUCCCUGUGAGCCUGAAGAUCUGUUGGAAGGGGUGAUCUUUGGAGCCAAAUAUCUGGGCUCCACACAGCUGGCUUCUGAGAAAAACCCAUCUACAACCGUCCGCAUGGCUCAGGCCCAGGAAGCCGUUGAUAGGAUUAAGGCACCUGAAGGAGAAUCCCAGCCAAUGACCGAAGUAGAUCUCUUUGUCUCCACUCAGCGGAUUAAGGUCCUCAGUGCCGAUACACAGGAAACCAUGAUGGAUCACCCCCUCCAGACCAUCUCCUACAUUGCUGACAUUGGGAACAUCGUGGUGCUCAUGGCCCGUCGGAAGCUCCCUCGCCGGGCGGAUGCUUCCACCGAAAAGCAGCUGUACAAAAUGAUCUGCCACGUGUUCCACUCAUCUGACGCUCAGCUGAUAGCCCAAGCCAUUGGGCAAGUCUUUAGCGUGGCUUACCAGCACUUCCUGCGGGCCAGUGGCAUUGACCCCAGCCAGCUGGGCUCCAUGCAAGACCAGAAUGAUGAUGAGAAGGAUCACCCCAGCCUGAUCGAGGGAGAGGAGCUUUAUAACGGAGACCUGGCUCACUUCUCCAAGCAAGAGAACUGUAAGGAAGUCGUCAUCUCCAAGCAGAAGGGCGAGAUUCUAGGCGUGGUGAUUGUAGAAUCUGGUUGGGGAUCCAUCCUCCCCACUGUGGUCAUUGCAAACCUGAUGCACAGGGGAGCGGCCGAGCGAUCCGGCAAGCUGAACAUUGGAGACCGCAUCAUGUCCAUCAAUGGAACGAGCCUCGUGGGGCUGCCCCUUGUCUCGUGCCAGAACAUCGUACGGGAUCUGAAAAACCAGACUGAAGUAACCCUCAGCAUCGUUCAUUGCCCUCCUGUCACUACAGCAAUUGUCCGAAGGCCUGGCACAAAAUAUCCCCUGGGUUUCUCUGUGGAAAAUGGCAUCAUCUGUAGCCUCAUGCGUGGCGGGAUUGCAGAACGUGGUGGCGUCCGCGUGGGACAUCGCAUCAUUGAGAUCAACGGGCAGAGCGUGGUGGCCAUGCCGCAUGAGAAGAUCAUCCAGAUCCUUAGCCAGGCGGUCAGCGAGGUCCAUAUCAAAACCAUGCCAGCCUCCACUUAUCGUCUUUUAACUGGCCAGGAGCAACCCAUCUUCCUCUGAUGGUUCUGCCUUGGCCAAUGGCUUCUGGUAUCUGCUUCCUAAGCUUGUUGCACUUCCAAAUCGGAAGCCGGCCUCUGGGCUCAGAUUCACAAGAGCUUUGGGACUGUUUCUGCUGCACGAACCAUCCAGCCAAGUUUGUUGUUGGUUUUCUUUGCUGGGGACAUUUAUCUGGGGUGUGAACUUGGAAGUUAUGCCUAUUGCUUGAGGUUGGCUUCUACACUAGAAAGCAAGAGAUUGAACCAUACGAUACUGUACUGUUCCUGACCUAGAAUUGAUGGGUUAGACUCUACCACUUGCAGGGGAGACCUGAACUCAAGUCGGUGGAUUAGACUCUACCAUUUGCAGGGGAGACCAGAACCAAAGUGGGUGGAUUAGACUCUAUCAUUUGCAGGGCAGACCUGAAUUAAAGUAGAUGGAUUACACUUGCAGGGGACACCUGAACCAAAGUGGGUGGAUUAGACUGUACCACUCCCAGGGAAGACCUGAAUUAAAGUAGAUGGAUUAGACUGUACCACUUUCAGGGGAGACCUGAACUAAAGUGGGUGGAUUAGACUACCACUUCCAGGGGAGAAGAAUGGUGUAGGGUGGGAAGAAUUCCUUAUUAUGAUUUUUUUUAAGUUCUAAAGAUUUCAAAGCAGGUGGACAAAAGCUUUCAUAUUUUCCAAGGUGUUCCUUUUUUACACAUUUUACAUUUCUUAAGGGAAAUAUGAAAAUAUAGCAUUUGGUAAAUACUCUUUGAGGUGGUUCAGUCCAGAAUCAGGUUGCGACAUCAUUGUCAAGAUCUCCCAGGAAAAUUACAAGAUUGGGCCCAGCAAGAUUAGGGGUACAGGAGAAAAUCUACCCUAUUCUCUCUGGCUGUGUGGGAUCCUACUCCCAAAAUUCAUUUCUGCAGUCAUACAAGUCUGGCCUUUGCUAUUAGAAAUCGAAGCAAACUCUCCUGGUGUCUGGACUUCAACAUAUUGCUGACAAUUCUAUAAGUUGCUUUGAAGCUACUGUAUGAAUUUUUUAAAAAAUUUACACUACUAAUACAAACUUGGAAAUGACCAAAAUACUAAAAUUAUUUCCCAAAACAGAUCAGAGAGGGAGCGAAAGUGAGACUAAGUGCUUUUUUAAAAAUUGUAUUCUCUGCACACCAAAGAUGAGAUAAAUAAAUAUUAUUUGCUUUUUAAAAGCAUCUUCUUGCUCUCACUUGAGAAUGGGAAGAGUUGUAAGAGUUGACACCUUUUGGCAAGACAAUCCAUGUUAAGCAGCUUUAACUGCUCAGGCAGCUGAAGGUUGAACUUGUUUUGUAAAUGUUAAAAUAGCAGAAUUGCAAACGUCUCUCCAAAGCUUUCAGGAAUGUCUAGAAAGUCUUAGAAACUGUAUUAAGUUCUGGUUUGUUUUACUGUAUGUGCUAAGCCUGGGUCAGCAGCAUUCAUGUCCUGGCUCCCAGUUCCAAAAA